AUGGAUUCCACUAGUGCGCAGGUCGAGGCAGUGCGUUCCGAUGAAGAUGUCCCCAGACGGGGCUCGGAGCAGACCGGUGGUACGGACAAUGGGGAAGAUGACGGGACUCAGAAGGCGCCCGUCAAGAAGCGUACCAAGACGGGUUGUUUGACUUGCCGAAAGCGGCGUAUCAAGUGCGACGAGCAGAAGCCUACUUGCAACAACUGUAUCAAAUCGAAGAGGCAGUGCAUCUACGGGAGCCAGCGCGUCAUCUUCAAGGAGCCCAUAGGUGCCUACGGAGGCCAGUACGGUCCCAUGGGUUAUCAAUCUGUCCAUGGGUCUGGGUUGGAUGCCCAGAUGGCUGCGGCCACGGCUGCUGCUGCAAGAUCGCGGCAGCAGCAUGGCCCACUCCCCAUUAUUGCUCCGAGGCCACCGGCAGCAAUCGGCCCGCAGCCCGGGCCUCCAGAUUUUGGGGGUCCGUAUCAGGGAGUACCACAUGCUAUAUCAUUCGCAGAUCCGUCCAGCAUAAGCUUUGCUACACCCGGAACCUAUCCUGCGUACCCGCCCGAACAUAUUGACUCGCAUGCCAUGUUCCUGCAGCAAACACCAGUACAUCACCUUCAUGGACUGCCUCUCCAAUCUCUCUUGGACCACCAGCCAACGCAAUUCCAACAUGCCGUGCCUCAAAACAUUGCACCACAUGGUUACCCUGUUGUUAGGGAUCAUGACGCUGUUCUAUCUACCCCGACAAGCUACCAGCCACAAGCCAUCGUCUCCGCCAGCGGACUUGCGAACUUCGAUUCUCAGACGCACCUUGAGGCUCCGGAGAUUACGCAAGCUUGGCAAGGGCCCGAAGAACUCUACUGGCACAGCGACGAUGAGGCCUCGAUGGCCGCUUCCGAUGAUGAUGAAGAGGACGAGGAUGACGACACUUUCGACCCCGAACGGGACGCGACAAACCUCAGAUCUAACCAUAUGGGCAUCAUGGUAAAAAGACAGCUGAAAGGCACGACAGCUGAUGCAGCAUACGGGACCCAAUUGCGGACGCCAGCUUCAUGUCUCGGAAGCGAUGAUAUGCUUGCAAGCUACCAUCCAGCGGCACACAUGUCACCUCUCAAUGAUGAACAGGUUGCCCUUGUAUUCUGGCAUUUCGUAAACGUUACGGCUCGUGCUAUGUCCUUGUAUGAACGUCACCCACUGGAUGCAUCGCCAAUGUUUCAGGGCCGACCGGUACCAAAAUCCCGCCAGCACAUCUGGACCUAUACCUUCCCCAUCAUUGCCUUCCAUCAUCCCGCGCUUCUCCAGGCGAUGUUGGCUCUGGGAAGCCUGCAAAUGGCCACACUUCAAAAUGCACCGACGACGGCUUCAAUGAAACACUAUCAUUUGAGCCUACGAAGGAUAGCGAAGAACUAUCAAAGUCCCAGCAAAAGAACCUCGCCAGCUACCUUGGCAGCAACGCUACUGCUGGGGUUCUAUGAAGUCUGGAACUCUGAUCACGAAAAGUGGUGCAAGCAUCUGUGGGGUGCUCGGGCGAUUUUGAAGGAGAUACCUCUGCGCAGCAUGACGAAUGACUACUUGAGGACCAGGCGAAAGAUGAAGAGCGCCGCACAAGCUGCUGCCGCCGGCUACUCGGCCCAUGACGGUAUCUACUACCAGGAUCUCUCCGGCGACUUCUCGGAUCUUUUCGACACCCAAAUCGAUGGCUUCAACGCUGCAUUCCUCGAGGAGCUUUCCGGUCAACCGGUCAACUUUGGUAGCGAUGGCCAAGUCAUCGAGGACAGCGACCCAUACAGGCAUCAAAAGAUGUUGACAGAGAAGGAUAUGGAGGAGUACAAACAAAUUGUAGACUUGAACUGGUGGUAUUGCAAGAUGGAUGUCAUGGACUAUCAACUCUGGACACAGGUCGCCCCAAGAGCAGCUAUCGGACGGAUUGAUUCCAUAUACGGAACCUAUGAUCACUUGAUACUGCUUCUGGGCAGGCUCUGCAACUUUGCAUCCAACGAUUUAGCCCGCAAGCGGAUGGCCUGGGCGAAUGGGGCAGGCGGCGGCCCUCCGCCGGGCAAACCACAAGGCGGGCCUGGCGGCGGAGGCCCGGGGCUCUCGCCACCCUCGUUCGCGGGUAUGAUGCCGACGUCGGGUACCUUCUCGGUACCGGCAGGUUUCAGCCCCCCGAGAGAGCCGUCGGCGCAGACGAGCGGACCGGCCGACGACGCGAGCCUCGAAGAGCGCACCAAGGCCGCCCUGGCCGAGUGGGAGAGCAUCCGUCAAGCUUUCGACCUCUUCCACAGCUCCCUCGGGCCCGAUUUUGGACCGCUGACGUCGGAGUUUGAGCCACCAAAGCCGUCGCCGUUCGGCCCGGCGCUCACGUACAGGACUUAUAGCAUCGCGGGCGUCUUUAUGAACUACUACAUGGGACUGAUCGUCCUGUACCGCGCGCACCCGUCGAUGCCGCCCGUCGCCAUGGUCGCGGCCGGCAUGGCGGCGCAGCAGACGGGCAUGUAUGCAAAUACAAUAGGGCGGAUAUUGGCCGGGCUGGUCGAUGUAACGCCGGGAAUGAGCGAGGUCACGACGGUGGUUGGCGGUAUUCUCAUCGAAAGCUGCUUUCCCAUGUUUGUCGCGGGGGUACAGUACCAAGGCAACGACCAGAGAGUCUGGACCAUCGGCCGGCUCCUCGACGUGGUCCGGCUCACGGGGUGGCGAUCGGCGCACCAGAUCGCGGGCGGUUGCGAGUCGGCCUGGAUCAAGGCGGCGUCACUCAAGCGCGGCCCGCCCUACCAGAGGCCUCGACACCUGGCUACGCCCUCCAACGGGUCAGUGUGGAACGGGCCCAGGCGCAUCGACAAGCGCAUCAAGGAGCUCGAGGACGAGCGCGCCCGCGACGGCGAGCCGGAGGGCCAGUUGGUGCUGGCCAAGGAGGAGAAGGCGCACUUUGCGCUCGGCCUGAUCGCUGUCGAGCAAGACUUUCACAGGUUGAAUCUCUCGCGGAAUGAUUAG